AUGGGACGUUUCAACUUCAAGUCUUCAUUUACGUCAUGGUUGGUGAUUGCUUUUGCGAUUUCCGCUGCCAGUGGGCAACAAGUGGGCACCAACUGUUCGGAUGCUCGUAUUCGUCGAUCCUGGGAUACGUACAGUACGACGGAGAAGGCUCUGUAUCUGGAAGCGGUAGGCGUUGCCAUGGACUUGGGAUUCCACCAAAAAUUCGUCCAAGUGCACGUCGAGUUCAUGUCGGAGAAACAGGCGCAUCAAAACUGCAUGUUCAUCUACUGGCACCGCAUGCUGCUAUUGGGCUACGAGAAUAUGCUGCGAAGCUUGGAUGCCAAGUACCGUUGCUUGACACUCCCGUACUGGGACCAUCUCUCGGCGUACGCUCGACAAGCUGCUGGCCAAUGCAACUAUCUACUGGGCUGUACACCUUUUCUCACGGACUCUGGUGGUGCCAUGACGGGCGUCAGCGCGCGGUUGAUCAUAUACAACGUGUCCAUUGCGGCUUCGUACUCUACAUGCGUCAAUCAAGGCAUCCUGUCUCACUUCUGCGGCAACAACUCGGCCUGCGCUCAGUGUGUCACUCGCGGAUCUAAGAACUAUCUGGCAAGUACUCGUUACCCUGGAGAGGCUUCACUAGGUUCAAUGGUUCAGCAGGUCUUCACUUACAGCGAUUCAGCCAGGUUCACGCAGGCAGUCGAAGGGGGCGUUCACAGUAAGUUUUGGUGCAAAUUCUGUAGCGUAUUCAAUGCCUUACCAGUGUGGCUGUUCUCGUAA